AUGGAAGGAGAAAGCACUGUUCACAGUGGAGAGAAACCGUACAUGAGUCCUGUACGUGGACAAGGGUUCAGACAAUCAUCUGGCCCGUUGAAACACAGGUGCAGUCAUGUUGGGGAGAAAAUUUGGAAAACUGGGAACUACGAGGAGACAUUUAGUUAUAUUUCUGAUCUGGAAAUUCACCAACAUGGUCACACUGAGAAAUGGCCAUUUAUCUGUUCCACGUGUGGGAAGGGUUUCACUCAAUCGUUCAUGCUGCUGACUCACCAGCAAGUUCACACUGAUCCUUACAAAUGCCAACGUUGUGGGAACUGCUACAAAUGUUUCAGUGAACUGAUAUCCCAUGUAUGUGUUCACACCGACGAGAGACCCCUGAAAUGUUCAGUGUGUGGGAAGUGUUUUAAAAGUUCCAGGGAACUGAUAAGUAAUCAAAGUGUUCAAACGGAGAAGAGACAGUUCAAGUCCUCUCACUGUGGGACUGGGUUCAGCUGA